AUGAGUUCAAUCUUAAACCUUUCUGGGUUGAAAGAUAAAAUAACGAGUAAAUUAAGACAACAAAAACCAUCGAAAAAGGAGAAGAAACAAGAACAGAAACAAGUUAAAAAACAACAAGAAGAUAAAGUGGAGCAUAAAUCAGUUAGUACAAAAAAUUCGAAACCACCUAAAAAAGAUGUGAAUACCGAAACACCAAUAUCAAUUUCAAAGAAUAACAAGAAACAAGCAAAGGUAACAGAUGAGAUACUACGUCAAGAAGCAUUAGAAUUGGGUGCAACAGAGGAAGAUUUAAAAUUAUUACAAGAUUUUGAAAGUGAUGAUAAUAGUGAAAUCGAAUUUAAUGAUGAUGAAGCAAAUGGUUCAAAAGUAGAUCUGACAUUUGGAAAUGAUUUAAACAAUUUUAUGAAAAAUAUUGGAUUAGGAAACGGAGAAGCUCUUGUGAUUGAGGAAGAUGAAGAAGAUGAACAAGAACCAGAGAAUGAUGAAGUCGAUGAUGAAGAGAUAGAGGAAGAUGAGGAGCAAGAAUACACAUCAUUUUCAGAGUCUGAGGAAGAACCAGAAGAAUUUGAAGAGGAAGAAGAAAAUGUCCCUGAAUUAGUUUUUGAUGAUGACAAAAAGAAAAACAAUUACAAUAACAUAGAUGACGAGGUAAUAGUGAAAGAAGCCAAAUUAGAAAAAGAAAAACCCAAAAAACCAACGACGUCAUCAAAUGAAGAUGAAAUAACUGAUUUUACAACCGUUUCAAGUGACAAAUUAAUAGUUCCAAAUCAAUUGGAUUGGUAUAAUAUUUAUGAAAUACCAUCGGAUCAACCUCCAAAAUUAGAUAGAUUCGCAAGAGAAAGAUUAUUAGAUAGAGGUCAGGCCACAUUAGAUAAAGAUAAUAAAACAUAUUUGGAAGAAUUUUCCUCAAACUCAACACAAAGAAAGUUUUUAUCACAAAUUUUAUCAGAUGGUACAUUAAAUGAUAAAAUUUCAGCAUUAACAUUAUUAGUUCAAGAAGCUCCAUUACAUAAUAUUAAAGCUUUAGAUACUUUAAUAGGAUAUUGUGAUAAAAAAUCAAGAAAUGCAGCUUUACAAUCAAUUAAUGCACUCAAGGAUUUAUUAUUAAAUGGUUUAUUACCAGAUAGAAAAUUAUUUGCCUUUGAUAAACAACCUUUAGUCAAAGAUGCACCAGAUGCUCAAUUAGCUGUUUAUUUAUACGAAGAUCAUUUGAAAAAAGGAUAUUUCAAAUUAAUUGUCAUAUUAGAGAAAUUAUUACAGGAUCCAAUUGUUCAUGUUAGAAUGAAUACAUUAAAUCAUGUAUUUGAUUUAUUAAAAGCUAAACCAGAACAAGAAGUCAAUCUUUUGAAAUUAGGUGUCAAUAAAUUAGGUGAUACUGAUAACAAAGUUUCAGCAAAAGCUUCAUACUUGAUAUUACAACUAGAACAAGAGCAUCCUGCAAUGAAAAAAAUUAUUACAGAUGCAGUUAUAGAUGUCAUUUUCAAAAGCAAUAAUGAUGAUCAUUCUAAAUAUUAUGGUGUCACAACCUUGAAUCAAACUAUCAUAACCAGAAAAGAAGAGGAAUUAGCUAACUCAUUGGUAAAGACAUAUUUUGCAUUAUUUGAGAAAGUUUUGAUUGAAAGUAAUACAUUGAUCAAAGAGGAAGACAAAGAUAAAACUAUUGGAGAAUCUGAAAAAGGUAGAAAAAAUAAUAGAAAAAACUUUAAGAAAGGUAAAAAAGGAGGCAGAUCAGUUAAGGUUGAAGACAAAUCUGAUCAAGAAAUUAUUGAAGAAAAAAAUUCUAAAAUGUUUUCAGCUUUAUUAACCGGUUUAAAUCGUGCAUUUCCAUUUUCAAAUUUACCAAAUGAUGUAUUUCAACAACAUUUAGAUACAUUGUUUAAAAUUACACACAGUAGUAAUUUCAACACCGCAAUUCAAGCAUUAGUUUUAAUCAAUCAUAUUGUUUCUCAACAAAAUUUAAAUUCAGAUAGAUAUUAUAGAACAUUAUAUGAAUCAUUAUUAGAUUCUAGAUUAGUCAAUACUUCAAAACAAGGAAUUUACUUGAACUUAUUAUAUAAAUCAUUGAAAAAUGACAAGUCAAAUAUACCGAGAGUUUUAGCAUUCGUCAAAAGAAUAUUGCAAGUUAUAGCUCAUUGGCUUAAUAUUGGUGCUAUUGCUGGUAUGUUAUAUUUGCUUAGUGAAUUAUCAAAAUCAAUGCCGGAAAUUAGUGAUUUGCUAAUUGAUGUAAAUUCAAGACCAGACGAAGAAACAAAAACAAUUGAAGCCACAGAAUCAACUCCAUCAAAGGAAGCCAAUGAAGAAUAUGAUCCAAAGAAGAGAGAUCCGAAAUUUGCAAAUGCUAAUAAAUCUUCAUUAUGGGAAAUUGAUUUAUUCUUAAAACAUUAUCAUCCAACAAUUGAAAUCUAUGCACAAUCAUUUAUAGAUAAUACACCACAACAAAAACCAGAUCUAGGAUUAUAUACAUUAGCCCAUUUCUUGGAUAGAUUUGUUUAUAAAAAUGCAAAAGCAAAACCACAAACAAAAGGUUCAUCAAUUAUGCAACCUUUAGGAGGUGUUCAUACUGGUGAUUUAUUAGUUAAAUCGACAAAUUCAAUUUACAAGGAAUUACCAGCAAAUACAGAAAAUUGGCUUAAUAAGAAAGUUGAUGAUAUAAAAGCUGAUGAAAAAUUCUUCCAUCAAUACUUUACCACAAAAGUUAAUAAAUUAAAGAAUAAGAAAGCAGUUAAAGCAGGUGAUGGAGAAGACGAAGAUGAAGAAAUUGAUGAAGAUGGAGAUGAGCAAGAUGGAGCUGGUAUGGAUGAUGAAGAAGUUUGGAAUGCAUUAGUAAAAUCAAGACCAGAUGUUGAAGAUGAUAUAUCAGAUGAAGGAUUUUCAGAUUUUGACGAAGGAGAUUUCUCAGAUAUUGAUGAUGAAGAAAUUGGAGAAGAAGAAGACGAUAAUAAUGAUGAUUUUGAUGAUGGAGAAGGUCCACUUAGAACUGAAGAAAUAAAUGAAUUUGAUAUGCCAUUAGGUGGGGAAGAAGGAGAAGAAGCUGCCGAAGAUGAAGAUGAUGAAGAUGAUUUUGGUGAAGAAGAACUCAAAAUGUUCAGUGUCAAUGAUGACGAUGAAUUAUCUGAUUCAGAGUUGGAAAUUGAUGAACAAGACGAAGAUGAAGAAGACGAGGAAGAAACCAAAAAAUCUAAAUCAUCUAAAAGUAAAAAACGUUCAAAUUCCGAUGAUAAUAGUAAUAAGAAGAAAUCAAAAAGACAAAGAAUAAAAGAUUUGCCAUUAUUUGCACCAGCUGAAGAUUAUGAAUAG